AUGCCCAGCAUCUUCGCCUACCAGAGCUCCGAGGUGGACUGGUGUGAAAUCAACUUCCUGCACUCGGAGCUGGUGGCCGAGUUCUACAACACGUUCAGCAAUGUCACUUUCUUCAUCUUCGGGCCUCUCAUGAUGUUCCUGAUGCACCCCUAUACCCAGAAACGCUCCCCCUACAUCCAUAGUGUCUGGAUCCUCUUCAUGGUCACAGGCCUGUUCUCCAUGUACUUCCACAUGACCCUCAGCUUCCUGGGUCAGCUGCUGGACGAGAUCGCCAUCCUGUGGCUGCUGGCCAGUGGCUACAGUAUCUGGAUGCCCCGCUGCUACUUCCCUGCCUUUCUCGGGGAGAACAGGUUCCAGUUCGCCUGCCUGGUCAUCAUCACCACUGUGAUCAGCACCUUCCUGUCCUUCCUGCAGCCCACCAUCAACGCCUACGCCCUCAACAGCAUCGCCAUACACAUCCUCUACCUCAUGAUCCGAGAGUACAAGAAGACCAGCAAUGAGGAGCUUCGGCAUAUCAUUCAUGUCUCCGUGGUCCUGUGGGCUGUUGCCCUGGCCAGCUGGAUCGGCGACCAAUUCCUUUGCAGUUUCUGGCAGCGGAUUAAUUUCUUCUACCUACACAGCAUCUGGCAUGUGCUCAUCAGCAUCACCUUCCCUUACGUCGUGGUGGCCAUGGCCUUGCUGGACGCCAGCUAUGAGAUGCCAGGCCAGACCCUCAAAGUUCACUACUGGCCUCGGGACACUUGGCCAGUGGGGCUGCCCUAUGUGGAAGUCAGGAGUGACGGUAAGAACUGCUGA